UCCACCUGUGUUCCCUCUCGUCGGCUGGCGUCGCGCUUCAGGGGGGCGAUGUACGAAGGGCUGCAGGAAGUGGCGUUGGCCUCAGUCUUCCCGCCCGCCUCCUCCUCCAGGUCCUCGGCCGCCUGCCGAGUAUUGUACGCAACCAGGCUGCCCGGCCCCUCCCCUUGGCCAGAUGGAUCCCUCUGCCCCCAAGCCUCGCGCGGAAACCGUCGGCAAAGACAUAUGGCAUCCAGGAGAAAGAUGUCUUGCCCCUUCUCCAGAUAAUGGCACACUUUGUGAAGCAAGCAUAAAAUCUAUCACAAUGGAUGAAAAUGGGAAGUCAUUUGCAAUCAUCUUAUAUUCAGAUUUUCAAGAAAGAAAAGUACCUCUUAAAAGACUUCAAGAAGUAAAAUCUCUUAAAGAUUGCUCCAGGAAUUUUAUAUUUGAUGAUGAAGAUUUGGAAAAACCUUAUUUCCCUGACCGAAAAUUUCCAUCAUCUGCUGUUGCUUUUCCAUUAUCUGAAGAUGGAGACUCUAUUCCUUAUACUAUUAACAGGUAUUUGAGAGACUACCAAAGGGAAGGAGCCCAGUUUCUCUAUGCACACUUCAUCCAAGGAAAAGGAUGUAUUCUUGGUGAUGAUAUGGGACUUGGAAAAACAGUACAGGUUAUUUCAUUUUUGGCUGCAGUUUUGCAUAAAAAGGGAACUCGUGAAGAUAUUGAAAACAACAUGCCGGAGUUUUUACUAAGAAGUAUGAAAAAGGAGCCCCCUUCUAUAGCAAAAAAAAUGUUCUUAAUAGUUGCUCCUCUUUCUGUCCUCUACAACUGGAGGGAUGAAUUGGACACCUGGGGAUAUUUCAGAGUCACUAUUUUACAUGGUAACAAAAAAGACAACGAACUGAUUCGUGUAAAGCAGAGGAAAUGUGAAAUUGCUCUAACAACUUAUGAAACGCUACGUUUAUGUCUGGAGGAACUUAACAGUUUGGAAUGGUCAGGUGUCAUUGUGGAUGAAGCUCAUAGAAUCAAGAAUCCAAAGGCUAGAAUAACAGAAGUUAUGAAAGCUUUGAAAUGUAAUGUCCGCAUUGGCCUCACUGGAACCAUUCUUCAGAACAACAUGAAAGAACUGUGGUGUGUUAUGGACUGGGCUGUGCCAGGACUUUUAGGUAGUAGGAUCCACUUCAAGAAGCAGUUUUCUGACCCAGUAGAACAUGGUCAGAGACACACAGCAACAAAAAGAGAACUAGCCACUGGCCGAAAGGCCAUGCAAAGGCUUGCAAAGAAGAUGUCUGGAUGGUUUCUCAGGCGUACCAAGACUCUAAUCAAGGAUCAGUUGCCUAAGAAGGAAGACCGGAUGGUGUAUUGUUCUCUGACAGAUUUUCAGAAAGCUGUCUAUCAAACGGUAUUAGAAACAAAAGAUGUGACUUUGAUACUUCAGUCUUCUGAGCCUUGUAGCUGCAGCAGUGGCCGGAAAAGGAGAAAUUGUUGUUAUAAGACCAAUUCACAUGGUGAAACAGUGAAAACCUUGUAUUUCAGUUACCUUGCAGUCCUUCAGAAGGUAGCUAACCAUGUUGCACUCCUGCAGUCUGCUAGCUCCUCCAAACACCAGGAAACACUUAUCAAAAGGAUAUGUGAUCAGGUAUUUUCCAAGUUUCCAGAUUUUGUGCAGAAAAGCAAAGAUGCAGCCUUUGAAACCCUUUCUGACCCAAAAUACAGUGGGAAAAUGAAGGUCCUUCAGCAGCUUUUAAACCAUUGCAGGAAAAACAAAGAUAAAAUACUUCUUUUCUCCUUUUCCACCAAGGUGCUUGAUGUUCUGCAGCAAUACUGUAUGGCAGCCGGCCUUGAUUACCGACGACUUGAUGGAAGUACGAAAUCAGAGGAAAGAAUCAAGAUUGUGAAAGAGUUCAACAGUACACAAGAUGUUAACAUUUGCCUUGUCUCCACAAUGGCUGGUGGACUAGGCCUCAAUUUUGUUGGUGCCAAUGUUGUUGUAUUAUUUGAUCCUACUUGGAAUCCAGCCAAUGAUCUUCAAGCAAUUGACAGAGCAUAUAGGAUUGGGCAGUGCAGGGAUGUGAAAGUGUUUAGGCUGAUAUCUUUGGGAACUGUGGAGGAGAUCAUGUACUUACGACAGGUAUACAAGCAGCAACUUCACUGUGUGGUGGUUGGAAGUGAAAAUGCCAAGCGAUAUUUUGAAGCGGUUCAAGGAUCAAAAGAGCAUCGAGGAGAGCUUUUUGGGGUCUAUAAUCUCUUCAAACUAAGGUCCCAAGGGUCUUGUCUUACGAGGGACAUCCUCGAGAGAGAAGGCAAAGUGGAAGCCGGGAUCAUGACGGCCACAACAUGGUUGAAAGAGGAACCUCCCGUACACAAACAAGAAACAUCUAAAGAGCCUGACUGUCAAGAACAUAGAGGUCUAGAACAACCUGCGGAGUUGCCAACAAAAGAAGCAUGUGAUCCCUGCAGUGAUUUUAGUGAUGAUGAAUCAGUGGGAAACUCAAGAAUAAAGACUGCUAAAAACAAAGCAUCUGACUCAAGUAAAGCUUCAGGUUCUGCUGGACAGCUUACCUUACUCCAUUGUGGUUUCUCUAAAUUGUUGGAAACAAACUAUAAAGCAGUUGAGGAUAGUGAUGGAAAUACUGCCUCUGAUGAUCAAAGUUCUGAUGAACAGCCCAUGUGUCUUUCAACAGAAGCCAAAGAUGUUGGUUUUCAGAAAAGUCAUGACUCUCUUGGUACUUCAAAACGCCAGAAAUUAGCUAACAUCCUAAAUCCAAAUGAAAAAUGUAUUUUUGAUAAAAGUGAGAAAAUUUUCAAACAAAAUAUUUCUUCUGAGUCUGAUGAUGAGAAAAAUUUUAAAAAUACAGGUGACCACCAUUGCAUUUUACAGAAUGUCACAGAAUCAGAAGAUAGUGAUGUCAUCUUUCCCACACAGUAUACAACUCAGAUAUGCCCUAAGAAUGGUAUAAAGUUUAAGCCACUCGUGGAUGGAUCUCAAAAUUCUGAAACAGAAAAUCCUGUAAAAAUAAGAAAUAAUGGUGAUGAUAGAAAGACUGAUGUCAAAGGAAAUAGACAAAUUGCAAAACAAUUAAAUCCUGAGAACAUGACGCUGAAAUCUAUUAUGAAAAGAAAAGGCAGUAAUGAUAUUAGUGAUGAGUCUGAUGACAUUGAAAUUUCCUCUGAGUCAAGAGUAAGAAAGCGAAGAGCUACUAGUUCUUUGAGGUUCAAGAGAAGAAAGGAAAGUAAAAAGGAGCUUUUCACUUUUCCUAAAACAAUGAAGAAAACAAAUCAACCGUAUGCAGCAGAUGGAGAUUGUAACUCGCAAGCCAUUGAUGAUUUUUCAUCCUCAGAUGACGAUUUAACUGUCCGCCACAUCAGUUUCUCUAAACAGAGCCAUACACCAAAAACUAUAAAAGCUAGAAUCAGUUUCUUUUCAAAAUUGCCUAACCAUAAGGAAAAUGGCACUUUUAUGCCAAGAAAAUCAAUGAAAUUUUCAAAUGAGAAAGUUGUCAAUCAAGAGCAGCUAUAUGAGUCAAUGGAUAAAUUUUUAGAUGGUGUUCAGGAAGUGGCUUAUAUUCACUCCAACCAGACUGUGAUUGGAUCCAGCAAAGCUGAAAAUCACAUGAGCCGAUGGGCAGCACGGGAUGUGUUUGAAUUGAAGCAGUUUUCCCAGCUUCCCGCCAACGUAGCUGUUUGCACUUCUAAGACACAGAAAGAAAAAGUGAAGACAGAUACAUUGACACAUACAAAGAAAGGUCAACAGCUAAGUGAAGGAAGCAUUUCAUUUCCCCUUUACAUUUCACACCCUGUAAGCCAGAAGAAGAAAAAAGUCUACCGCACAGAUCAGACCACCUUCAUAAUUGGAGAAACACCAAAAGGAAUCCGCAGAAAACAAUUUGAAGAAAUGGCUUCUUAUUUUAACUUGCCUUCUGUAAAGGAAUUUGCUGAACAUAUAACUAAGGCCACAUCAGAAGAACGACAGAAAAUGCUAAAAGACUUUUAUGCUUCUCAAUAUCCAGAGGUAAAAGAAUUUUUUGUGGAUUCUGCUGCAGAAUUCAUUAAAUCUUCCCAUCAGAAAAGAGAGAGAGUCAGGAAUAAGUCUGAAAAAAGAGAAUCUCUUAUAAAAGAAAGGCCGUCAGAUUCUGAAACUUUGUCAUUUAAAAAUUUUCCCAAAAAAGUUUCUCAAAUUUGCAGCCCAAAAAUAUAUAAAGAAAAAUCUACUAAGUUUCAAAAUCACAGUUUCCAUAGACGAGAGGUGCUUUCUAAUGAUGGAGAAACUAACGAAUCACCUAUAAGCUCUACCCAAGAGACUGACAAUGGGAAAAACAGCCAAGCCUCCAAAGGCACUGUGGCAUCCUGUUCCCUGAACACUAAGUCUGAAGUAUAUGAGUUAGAAAAAUUAGAAUAUACCAUGAAAGACCAACAAGACCUAACAAGAACAGACAUUUCAAGAAAUGAACCACUUUUCAAAGUGGAAAACAGAAAGAUCAAAAAUCCAAAGUUAGGCAACACUUCUGUGGUUGGCUUACUUGGUGACACGUCUAUUCUUGAUGACCUCUUUAGAAGUCAUGGGAACAGUCCCACACAACUGCCAAAGAAAGUUCUUUCAGGGCCCAUGGAAAAAGCAAAACAGAGACCAAAAGAUUUCUGGGACAUCUUGAAUGAACAGAAUGACGACAGUCUUAGCAAACUCACCGACUUGGCAGUGAUAGAGACUCUGUGUGAAAAAGUGCCCCUUGCUGCCUCCUCCAAAAGGAAAGAGGAGCUGGAAACUUCACUUUGGAAAUCAAAUGAGAAAUUUUUGUGGAAAAAAUUUAGCUCAAGUGAUACAGAUGAAAACACGACUAAUGCACAAAAGUAACGCGUAAACAUACAAGGAAUUACUAUAACCAAUGAACUUCUGCCAUCCACGUUUACACCACCGUGUUCCACACUAAUUAUGUUACUUUGAACACAGUUGUCAACAUAACAUUUUUAUCAAACUCUUGCUGUAGGGUUGUUUUAGCCUAAAAGGUUUUUCCUUGAUAAUCUGAUUUGAUCUUUUAAAAAUAUGAUUGUAUUAUAGUAUAAACAUCUUUAUGAAAUAGAAAAAGGUCUAGAUUUGUUAUCAGGAGACCUAGGACAUCUCCCUUACUGUGUAAUUAUGUGCCUGUAGAUAAGUCACUUACUUACCUUGGUGUGCAGAUAUUUCCUAAUAUGAAAGGUGAAGGCUUUGAACUCAAGCAACAUUUGUGUCCUUUCAGAUUAAAAAGGCUCUGGUUUACUUUCCCAGAUUCCAUUAAGUCACAGGCCAAAUUACAGUACAUUGAUGUGUUUCUUUCUUACUAGCAUUUAGAAAAUUAACUGUUUUCCUUUUCCCAAAGCAUCAUGUAUUAUUACUAAAUUAUGUCAGAGAAAGUAAUACCUAGUACUGAAUAUAUGAUGUUGUGU